AUGCAAUCCACCUUCACCUACCUUGUGUACUUCCUAUCCUUCUGGGCCACCAUGGUUGAAGCUCUUACUCGGUAUCAGACCACGCCCCCGAGCGACGCCAUUGUCGUCCAUGACAGACAAUCCCUCAACGAUCUAGUCAAGAUUCACUCGGAUACAGUUCUCUACGCCGAGAAUGGAGGGUAUUACCUCAAGAACAUGGAAGAAGAGGUUGUUGCCAUCACUGCCGACGACCUGUGCAAGGAGCUGGACGCUGUUUUUGCCAGUAUCGAUGCCGAAGUUGGCUCUGGGUCUGAAGAUGGAGAAUCUGGAUCUCUCGGUGGGGCAAAUGUUACGAAGGGGAACUCUGUCUGA